AACUAACAAGGUGUUAUUGGCCACUGGUGAAGUGUGUGACUGUCAAGGUGCCAAAUAAUGAUCUUCUUCAACACGUCACACUGGUGGACCUUCCUGGAAACGGAGACCGGAACAAGAGCAGAGACAAAAUGUGGAAAGGGAUUGUUGGAGAUUGUUCUACUGUGUGGAUCGUGACUGAAAUCAAUCGAGCAGCAUCAGAAAAAGAAUCCUGGGAGAUCCUGACGAGUACCUGCAGCCUCAUGGGAAACGGUGGCCAGUGUCAGAGAAUUCACUUUAUCUGCACCAAGUCUGAUGUUAUUGAAGAUCCAGAUGAUCAUUCAGCAGCUGAUGUUCAUGCUCGCAUAUUUCAAAGAAACAUGAAAGUCAAGGAAGUAGUGAGGAAAGAAUUCCACAAACUAAACAAAGUUAAGAAACACUUCCAAGAUGACAGCCUCGAGGUGUUCACAGUGAGCUCCAAAGAGUUCCUGAAAAGAAAACAUCUAAAUCCAGAGGACACAGAAAUACCCAAACUACAGGAUUAUUUGCAAGAUCUCAAUGACUGUCACUCAGAGACGUUAAACUAUGUGUCUGGAGCUUAUGGGAUUCUCUCUUUGAUGCACGGGGCCAACUGUGGAGAAGUGGCUGGCAAAAAGGCAGAAGUGUGCAGAGACCUUGAAGAAAACAUGAGGCGUGAACUCAGUAAAGUCAGAAAACCAAUGGAAGAGACUUACCACAUGUUUGAACAACGCCUCAAAGAAGGAGUUCAAACAUCCAAAACCUCAUGUGACAAAGCCUUGAAGUCCAUCUUAUAUCCUAGAAAGACGCAUGGUAACACGUUUCACAGGACGUUGAAGUCUGUAGUUGAGAAGGGUGGCGUCCACAAAACAAAUAAAGGGAAACAAAUAAACAUCAACAUGACGCUAGCUUCAUAUCUGACCAACAGCAUUGAUGAGGAAUUCAGGAAGACCUUCCCAAACGAAGUCAAAUGUGGACCAUUCAACGGAGUCAUUGAUAAAUUUUCACUUGAUACAGAUGAGCUGAUUCAAAAGUACAAAGAUGUUGGAUUGCAACUGAACUUUCUGAAGACAGAGGAAGAAAAAAUUCAGGCAAAACUCAACAGGAUCAUCCGGAAGCGUAAGAAAUUCAUCUACAACAGUCUGACAGAGACAAUAGAGGAAAUCAUGGAGGAGUGCUACAAAAAAGCAGCAGAGUUUAGAGGAAAAGGUUCACUGGAGGAAAUGAGGAAAACUAUUACCAAACAUGUACAUGAAAACAUCAUCAUGUUUGAGGUCUCUAAAGUUGCCGUGUUGAACCACCUGGCUGACUUGAUGGAGGAGAUCCUGGUGAGACUGGAGAAGACCAUGUGGGAAUCCAUUGAGAUCUCACUGAAGACAGAUGACAACUCAAUCCCAGAUGUUCCAACUGAACUUGAGAUGGUGAAGAGAUACUACGAUGAACUGAAAGACAAUCCAGACGGAGAAACAUCACUACUGGAGUAAAACCUUGAAUCUUCCAUCAGUGGACAGAAACAUCAGAGGCCUGGUCUCCCACUGAACAUCUCUGAGGAUCACUGACUCAACACAGGACACUCUGGAUUUGGUCUCAACCAUUUUUAUUAAGUUGGUUUCUAUGUACUCUUUGAUGCUUUGGUUUGAUUUGUUCCUCGACUUUGUUUUUAUGAAUUUUGUGCUGAGAGAUUACAGAUUUUCUUUUGAAGUUUUAUUUCAUUUAUUGAUUCCAGUCCAGAGGCAACUAAAAAAGUAGAGAGAGAUGAAAUGCAAGGAGCCCUGGUUGGAUUUGGACCAGUGAUGUUGUGGUUUUCAUCAUAAAGGUACAAACCACAAAACAUUUAGAUUUUAAGGUUUGAACUGUUCUUUUUGAUGUUAAUGUUGUUUUAUUUUGCAUAUAAUCUACACUGACUCUAAAUGAAUAGAUGUUUUUGAUAUGAUGUCCAACACAUUUAACCUUCAAUCUUGAAUAUAGCUCAUACUGUAGGUUUGAUCUGACAUUGAUUUGAGGCUUUUAAAAGACAGACCUUGAAUUUGUACUUUUCUUUUACAUUCAAGGACAAAUAUUUACCAAAUGCAAGAUAAUAGUCUCAUGAUUUACUCCAUCGUUGUGGUUUCAUGUCUGAUCUGAACUGAUUCUAAAUCCAAUCAUGUAUUUGAUGUGAUCUACUGUCUAAUAAACCUGAGUUAAAGUGUG